AUUUACUAUUUUAUUUACAAAUAAACAGUUGCAAAAUUAACAAGUUAAUAUAACAGAAAAAAAUUUGAAUAUAUUUACGAAAAUGAAUGAUAUUUAUUACAAAAUUCUAAUAAUAACUUUUUUGUGUUUAAUUUACAUUUCUCAAAUUACACCAUUGAGCAUAAGCAUAUCUCGUUCAUCAUAUUCAAAGAAUUCUAGAAGUUCAAAUACAAGUUGUAUAAAUGGAAAAUGUACUCAGUCAAGUAGUAAUGUUGUGAUUUCAACAAAAUGUGUGAAUGGCGUUUGUGAGGAGCAAGUUAUUGAGAAUCCAUCCAACAACCGGCGUGCGUCUAACGAUGAAUCGUCAACGGUACGACCUUUUGGACUAUUGGACAUACUUCAAGGAUUUCAGCCGAAUGUCGGACAACGAUCGAUGUAUUAUGAUUGGUAUUAUGAUGUAUAAAAUAUAAUUUUUAUUUUGUUAUGUAAGCAGUAUUAUCAAAUUCUCAAAAAUUAAUUGUAAGCAUAUUUUUAUCCUUAUUCAUUAUGUAAUCUGUAAAUUAAAUACUGUUAAAUAAAUUUUGGUUUUAA